AUGGAGGGCCUAUUUUUCAACGUAAAUAAUGGCUACAUCGAAGGCAUUGUGAGAGGAUAUAGAAACGGCCUUCUCACCGGUGCCAACUACUCUAACUUGACACAAUGCGAGACCAUCGAUGAUCUCAAGUUGCAGCUUGGUCCUGCUUACGGCGAUUUCCUCGGUUCCCUCCCUCCGAAUCCAUCCACUUCGAGUCUCGCUGCCAAAACCACCGACAAACUCGUUUCCGAAUUUCGUUACGUCCGCGCCAACGCAGUAGGAUCUCUCGCACAGUUCCUAGACUACUUAACAUACGGCUACAUGAUUGACAACGUUGCCCUACUCAUUACCGGUACACUUCACGAACGCGAUACGCGCGAGUUACUAGAUCGAUGCCACCCAUUAGGAUGGUUCGAAACGAUGCCGGUCCUCUGUGUCGCAACCAACAUCGAGGAGUUGUAUAACAGUGUGUUGAUAGAAACACCAUUAGCCCCUUACUUCAAGGGAAGUUUAAGCCAUCAGGAUCUGGAUGAACUUAACAUCGAAAUCGUUCGAAACACACUCUACAAGAAUUACCUCGAAGACUUUUAUAACUUUGUCAACUCCCACCCUGACAUGACCGGUACUCCGACUGCCGAAGUUAUGUCUGAAAUUCUCGAGUUCGAAGCCGACAGGCGCGCCAUUAACAUCACCCUUAACUCCUUCGGUACCGAGCUAAGCAAGGCGGAUCGUAAGAAGCUUUACCCUAACUUUGGUCGGCUCUACCCCGAGGGUACCCUGAUGCUCUCUAGGGCAGAUGACUUUGAGGGUGUCCGAUUGGCGGUCGACGGUGUUUCCGAUUACAAAACUUUCUUCGAUGCUGCGGGACUGGGCGGCGGGCCGUCUGGACCUGGUAAUAUGGCUGGUGGUGCUGGCGGCAACGAAAGGAGUCUAGAGGAUAUGUUCUACCAAAAGGAGAUGGAAAUCUCGAAGAGCGCCUUCACGAGACAAUUUACAUACGCCAUCGUAUAUGCGUGGGUGAAGCUAAGGGAGCAAGAAAUCCGUAACAUUACGUGGAUUGCCGAGUGCAUAGCGCAAAACCAGAAGGAAAGAAUUGGCAACUACAUCAGCGUGUUCUAA